UACAGGAGACACUGCAGACAUAGUACAGGAGAUUACCAGAGACUGCGGACACAGUACAGGAGAUGACCAGAGACUGCGGAUGUACUACAGGAGAUGACCGGAGACUGCGGACACAGUACAGGAGAUACCAGAGACUGCGGACACAGUACAGGAGAUGACCAGAGACUGCGGACAGUACAGGAGAUGACCAGAGACUGCGGACACAGUACAGGAGAUGACCAGAGACUGCGGACACAGUACAGGAGAUGACCAGAGACUGCGGUACUACAGGAGAUGACCGGAGACUGCGGACACAGUACAGGAGAUGACCAGAGACUGUGUGGACACAGUACAGGAGAUGACCAGAGACUGCGGACACAGUACAGGGGAUGACCAGAG